CCUUGCUGGUUAUUCGGACCUGGGCGUUCUGGCAAAAGAGUAAAAAAUACUGAUCGGGUUAUUGGUUUAUAGUGUGUUGACAAUUGCCGCUGCCAUGGCCGUAGACCUCAGCCCUACAAUGUUGAUUCCAGGAGAGGAACCCCCCCUGGGAACCUGUUACUUUCAGAGCACACGCAACGCUGCGCUCGUAUACGUUUUCUUGGCGAUGUUUGAAUGCGUGAUAUUGAUCCUUACCGUAUAUAAGAGGGUCCACGAUUAUCAAGACUUCCAAAGCGGAAUUAUAGUAACCCUAUACUACGAUGGCAUGAUUUACAUGUUGUGCAUCCUCAGUGCGUGGAAAUAGUUGGCUCUCGAGAUAUUAUUGAGUAACGCGUUUUGGAAGCUAUCACAAUCGCCAAUGUUAUCAUUGGAACUGCACUUGCGAGCGCUUAUAGCAAUAUGCUUGAUACGUACGUCACUGAUUGCACUCUGGCUGCUAGUUGAUCCCGAACCCACUGCACUAGGCUACAGCUGGUCAGUCACAGCGUCCUGGCAUCGCGAAUUCUAUUUCGCCUUCGACAUAGAAACGCGCGUGUCCACGAAUCGUCCAUGUCAGAC